AUGGCCACCACUCAGCUGCCUUCGCACCCCAUGUUCGACGUUAUGGUCGAUGUCCGCAGCAAGAUCGACCGCGUCAGAGCUCUCGAGGCCGACAAGCAGCGUACCACCGCCUCCUUCGACGCCGCCCAGCAGAACCUCAAGGACGUUAAGAGCCGUGGCGAGGCUCCCACCGACGACGACAUUGAGCGCGUGCACAAAGCCAUGAUGGAUCGCACGCAAACCCGGCUCGAGAUCAUGUCCAUCAUGCAGGACAUUGGCAACCAAUCCGACACCAUCUUUCAGCUGCGCGACGACUACGAGAGGUACUGCAAUGACGUUCGAAAGUCGAUGAAGCCGGGGGACAAGCCGCCUCCCAUGGCCUCGCAAGUCAUGAAGGAGAUUGCCGAGGUCAUGGAUCUGCUAAAGACGGAUGAAUAA